AACGUAUGACCUGUCUCUGGCCUUGGCGUGUAGCGCGGUGCUGCUAGUUGUCAGUGUGUGCUGGCUGUAACGUUAGGGCUCCAUUAGCGUUAACUAGAUAGUGUUUCUGACCGACAAGUAGGCUAGUAAAGUGGGGGACCGUCACAGCGGAGCUGAGCCACAAUGCUGAAAUGUAGAACUGUAUGGAAAAAGCUUGCACCUCUUGCUAGAGCUUCAUCUAAUGUGUGCCGGCAGAAUGUGCGAAGAACAGGGUUAACCAAUGGCAGAAUACCAGCACAUGUACCAGCCGCUCACAUGUCCACCGGGCCGGCAGGGGGAGGACGGGAAAACCAGCUGUACAUCCUUCUGGUUGGAGCAACCUUCCUCGGUGGUGGAGUAUAUGCGUACCGAACUGUCAAGGGAGACCAACAAAGAUAUCAGGAACGUAUUGAUGAAAUUUCAUCUAGACCACAUAGAGUAGCCACGCAAGUUCCAGCCGCACCCAUCCUGUCAGAGCCUCCUGCUGCGGAAGCCACCGAGAAAGAGACCGUCCCUGAGCCAGAACCUGAAGCAGCACCUUCACCAGAGGAGCCAAGCCCUCCGGCCCCUGAUACCGAAGUAGUGGCCCCCAGUGAAACAACUGAACCGCCCCCAGCAGAUGAGCCAGUGCUAGAAGCACCCCCAGAAGAGGCAGCAGAACCACCUGCUGCACCUGUAGUUGAGGAGGAACCAUCACCCCCAUCUGAGCCAUCCCCAGCUGAGGUCAUAGAGCCUCCCCCAGCUGAGCUUGCAGAGGCUCCCCCAAUUGAGCUCAUAGAGCCUCCCCCAGCUGAGCUUGCAGAGGCUCCUCCAAUUGAGCUCAUAGAGCCUCCCCCAGCUGAGCUUGCUGAGGCUCCCCCUGCUGAGCUUACAGAGCUGUCCCCUGCACCUGUUGUGGAGAGUGAACCUACAGCAGCAGCAGAAAGCCCUGCAGCAGAGCCACCCGAGUCUCAACCUGAAGUUGUGGCAGAGAGUGGAGUGGACAUCGUACCUGCCUCUCUCAAGGUCCCCUCACACACCCCAUACCUCCUUAUUGGUGGAGGUACCGCCUCUUUCGCUGCUGCCCGGUCUAUUCGAGCCAGAGACCCCGGUGCCAAGGUAUUGAUUGUGACUGAUGAGCCAGACCUUCCAUACAUGAGACCACCUCUUUCAAAGGAACUGUGGUUCUCUGACGAUCCCACUGUGACGGAAACACUGCGUUUCAAACAAUGGAAUGGAAAGGAAAGAAGUAUCUACUUCCAGCCAGCAUCAUUCUACAUUCCUCCAGAAGAAUUGGAAAGUGCAGAAAAUGGGGGAGUGGCUGUUCUCACCGGCAGAAAGGUGGUUCACAUGGAUGUGAGAGGAAACAAAGUAAAACUUGACAAUGAUACUGAGAUUUCAUAUGACAAGUGUUUGAUUGCUACAGGGGGAAUGCCAAGAAAUCUGCAGGUCAUUGAAAGAGCAGGAGAGGAGGUGAUGGAGAAGACAACUUUGUUCCGCAAGAUCGAGGACUUCAAAUCAUUGGAUAAGGUCUCCAGAAACAUCAACUCCAUCACAAUCAUUGGAGGAGGCUUCUUGGGCAGCGAGCUGGCUUGUGCCCUCGGCAGGAGAUCAAAUGAGUCUGGCCUGGAGGUGAUACAGAUGUAUCCUGAGAAGGGCAACAUGGGAAAAGUGUUGCCUGAGUAUCUGAGCAACUGGACAACAGAAAAAGUCAAAUCAGAGGGUGUAAAAGUCAUCUCAGAAGCUUUGGUGAAAUCUGUGACCUGCAAAGAUGAUAAGUUAGAAAUCCAACUGAAGGAUGGCCGAUUGGUGAAAACCGAUCACAUUGUUGCAGCUGUUGGCCUGGAGCCCAAUGUUGACCUUGCUAAGUCAGCAGGUCUGGAGGUGGACUCUGACUUCGGCGGCUUUCGGGUCAAUGCAGAGCUGCAAGCUAGAUCCAAUAUUUGGGUGGCAGGAGAUGCUGCAUGUUUCUAUGAUAUCAGACUGGGCCGCAGACGAGUGGAGCACCAUGAUCAUGCCGUUGUGAGCGGGAGACUAGCAGGAGAGAACAUGACAGGAGCCAACAAACCCUACUGGCAUCAGUCUAUGUUCUGGAGCGACCUGGGGCCAGAUGUAGGCUACGAAGCAAUUGGGAUUGUUGACAGCAGCCUACCAACAGUAGGAGUGUUUGCCAAAGCCACUGCCAAGGAUACACCUAAAGCUGCUACAGAGAAGUCAGGAACUGGGAUUCGCUCGGAAAGUGAAACUGAGGACACAGCCACCAGCCCAGUGGCGUCCUCAACGCCUGCUCCCGCUAUGGUGCAACACAAAGACGACUACGGGAAAGGAGUCAUCUUCUACCUGAGAGACAAGGUGGUGGUGGGCAUCAUCCUGUGGAACGUGUUCAACCGUAUGCCCAUUGCAAGAAAGAUAAUCAAGGAUGGAGAGGAACACGCAGAUCUGAAUGAAGUGGCCAAGCUCUUCAACAUCCACGAGGAUUAAGAUGGUGGAGGCUGAGACUCAUUAUCAUGUUUAAGACUGAACUCUAACAGCUAUUUCCACACUCUUGAAGACACGACAUACAUCAAACAUGAAAAACGGGAGAAUUAAUGUAAAUUACGUAUUUUAAUAUCUGGAAUUUCUAUCUGCUGCACCUGGUUUGUUGUUUCUUUUUUUUUCUAUUCAGGAGAAAUCAGUCUCAUCUUCCGCCAAACUUGUCAUAUUUCUGGAAAUCAUGGUCAAGAUGUGAUCGUCCGUCUGCUUUUCCCCCACCAGGCUGAAAAUGUCGAGCAUGGAUUAUUGUUUUCCUCUGUGUGAUCAGAGCAGUUUGUCGUGAGAAAAGCUGCAAUAAAAGCUAUUUUUAAAUUGGA